UGUUUUCCGCUAUUCUUUUCUUUGUUGUAAUUUGCUUUUGGCGGAGCAUGUGGGAGCCUCUCUUCUUUGUCUCUAUAGCUAUAUGAUGCAGCUAGGGAACCCGACCACAGUCGUAUCUGGGAUGGUUUCUAAGGCUGCCGAAGCAACGCUUUCGCCACCGCCACGGCCACCGGAAGACGUCGAGGCACCGGGCGGUGGUGAUGAGAUCAUAAUUGGAAUGGAUAAUACUGCAGCAGCAGCAACUUCAUCUGGUGAAGGUGACAAGAUGAACAGUGGAGGGAACCGGUGGCCCCGCCAAGAGACUUUGGCUCUGUUGAAGAUAAGGUCUGAUAUGGAUUCUGUGUUUCGAGAUUCAAGUCUUAAAGGUCCACUCUGGGAAGAGGUUUCAAGGAAGCUAGGAGAGCUUGGAUAUCAGAGAAGCGCAAAGAAGUGCAAAGAGAAAUUUGAAAACGUGUUCAAGUACCACAAGAGAACCAAAGAUAACAGAAGUGCCAAACCAGAAGGAAAGACCAAAACCUAUAGGUUUUUCGAUCAACUAGAAGCUUUUGAAUCUCGAUUAUCUCUUUCUCACUCUCUGCCUCAAUCUCAUCAAUCUCAUUCUCAACCUCAAACUCAAUCUCAGUCUCAUCAUAAUCCUCCAAAAUCAUUAUCCCAACCUUUUAAAAAUUUUCCUUCAAAUACACUGGCGUCAUUGCCAUUUCUCUCAAGGCCUAGUGAUCAUUCAUCAACAACUGUUCCAUCCUUAAAUCCUCCGAUAGCGCCGCCGAAGAACACGAACCUUUCGACGUCGACCUCGUCAUCCACGGCCUCUGACGAGGACUUGGAAGAGAGGUACAGGAAGAAGAGGAAGUGGAAGGACUGCUUCAGGAGGCUUACAAGGCGGGUCUUGGUCAGACAGGAAGAGAUGCAGAAGAGGUUCUUGGACGCCAUUGACAAGCGAGAGCGAGAACGUGUAGCUCAGCAAGAGGCUUGGAGGAUGCAAGAGAUGUCUCGGAUCAAUCGAGAACACGAAAUCCUCGUUCAAGAACGAUCCACAGCUGCCGCAAAGGACGCUGCUGUCAUUGCAUUCUUACAGAAGUUAUCCGGCGGGCCACAGCACACUCAGCCUCCACCACCACCUCCACCGCAGCCGCUGGUGGUGUCGGUGACGCAAUUCCAACCACAGCCACAGUUGGCAGUGAUGCCGAAUACCAACAUUAGCUACGAAAAGUUUGAAAUCCAGAAAAUGAAUAAUAACAACAAUCACAAAAUCAACGGCGGCGGAGGUGGAGGUGGCGGUGGUUCUUCACGGUGGCCGAAGACGGAGGUACAUGCAUUGAUAAGGCUGAGGACGAAUCUGGAGGCAAAGUAUCAGGAAAACGGCCCUAAGGCUCCAUUGUGGGAGGAGAUAUCGAGUGGAAUGCAGAAGUUAGGAUACAAUAGAAGUUCCAAGAGAUGCAAGGAGAAGUGGGAGAACAUAAACAAAUACUUCAAAAAGAUCAAAGAAAGCAACAAGCAAGACGUGAAGAUAGUAAGACUUGUCCUUACUUCAAUGAACUCGAAGCUUUGUACAAAGAAAAGACCAAGACCCAGAACAACAACGACAUUGACAGCCUCUUCAGUAACUCAUUUGAUCACAAUGUGGAGCCAUUGAUGGUUCAGCCGGAGCAGCAAUGGAGGCCUCCAACGCAAGAAGAAGAAGAAGCCGCAAGGGAUUACGCAAGUCAGUGUCAGGAAUGUGAAGAAGAAGAAGAAGAAGAUGAAGGAAGUCUUGACUUAGAAGACGAAGAAGUAGGAGG